UUGAACGAAGGAAACGUUAAAGUUGUCACCAACGAGGCCAACGAAGAACGCGUUUGCAACGCCCUACACCGAUUCUACGCAAACAACCCCCAUUUCAACACCGUCAAUGGAGGGCAAGACGAUAGGAUGGCCUUGAGGUCAGAAUUCCCGAGCAGAACAACAAGAUUGUCGAAGAAUGAAUGCAUGCGCGCUGACGUUGGCCGGUUAACGCCCGAAGACAGAGAGAAAAGCCAAUGGAUCAUGUCUACACCGAAGGUUUCCAACUGGCUGCGUCUCGAUGAAUCAAAUAUCCUAGGCGUCAGAGCCAAAAAUGUACCAGAUGCAUUAUAUCACCCGUUGUCCUUUACGGCAGCUCUCCUAACGGAAACACUUCAAAGAUCAACUGAGUUUCCGGUGUUUUCGACCGAGUCCUGUGCGGAAAACAAGCGAUUGAUGAAGAAAUCGACCGAGAAGCCAAAUUAUGCCAUUAAACUGUUCCGUGGACUUCUUGAGCUUCUCGAGGAUGAUGAUGUCGUCUUUACCAUCCUUGAUUCUUGGUCGCGAUUGUUGGGGGAUAGAAUUGAAGCUGACAAGGUCAUCGAAAAGCUGUCUCAGACCACGAAGAUAUUUCCUCGUUUGGCGAUCAAAAUCCUUGUCCUAGACCCUCUGCCAUCAGAUUCAAUACACGAAUCGGCUGAUUCGGAGCUUUACCUCCCGGAUGAAAUCGACGGUUGGAAGAAUCAUGUAUCGUUAAGCUUGUUGAAGGCAAGUAACGAGAGAAUGUUGGAGGACUUGAAGGAUGUCCGGAACAGGAAACGCGAGUUGGAUGAAUCCGACUCAGAGACUUAUAAUUAA